GUCUGAAGCAGCCUUCUUGUUGCCGCCUCCCUGCCCGCUCUCUGCCGAAACAAAACAAGACAAACCUUACCCGAACCAGACCUACUACGGUCUAACCACUCUCAAAAACUGGCUAACUCCAUUCUUCCAGAUACUUUUGCCAUAUGAGGUUGAAAAUGGCAGAAGAAGAGGACUACAUGUCUGAUUCCUUCAUUAAUGUCCAACAAGACAUCAGACCAGGAUUGCCAAUGCUGAGGCAGAUCCGAGAAGCCCGUCGAAAAGAAGAAAAGCAGCAGGAAGCUAAUUUGAAAAAUAGGCAGAAGAGUUUAAAAGAAGAAGAACAAGAAAGACGUGAUAUUGGGCUGAAGAAUGCACUAGGCUGUGAAAACAAAGGGUUUGCUCUGCUCCAAAAGAUGGGAUAUAAAAGUGGUCAGGCCCUUGGCAAGAGUGGAGAUGGUAUUGUUGAGCCAAUUCCUCUCAACGUCAAAACAGGGAAAAGCGGUCUUGGUCACGAGGCAUUGCUGAAGCGGAAAGCAGAGGAAAAACUAGAAAGCUACAGGAGAAAGAUUCGCAUGCAAAACCAAGCUGAAGAAACAGCUGCAGAGCAGUUUCGACUGCGAUUUAAACAUAAGCACGAUGAAGUGAAGCUGGAAGGGGACCUGAGGAGAAGCCAGCGAGCCUGCCGCCAGUUGGAUACUCAGAAGAACAUUCAAGUUCCGAGGGAAGCGUGGUACUGGUUGGGGCUUGAAGAGGAGACUGAGGAAGAAGAAGAGGAAGAAAAAGAGCCAGAGGAAGAUGAAUAUAAGAGUGAAGACUUAAGUGUACUGGAAAAAUUACAAAUAUUGACUGGUUAUUUAAGAGAAGAACAUCUGUAUUGUAUUUGGUGUGGAACAGCCUAUGAAGAUAAAGAAGACCUCUCUUCAAAUUGCCCAGGACCAACUUCUGCAGAUCAUGACUAAGACUAUUCUUAAUAAAGUAAAAACUUGGAAAAUGUCACUAUUACCUAAAAAUAGACAAUUGAGCAGUUAGAAUUCCCAAAUUAUGCCAGUAAAGAAAAGGAGCCUUUUAUAUGUUGUGUUCUUUUUGUAACUUUGGAAGUACUUUGUAUUUUAUAGUUGUUCACCGACUUCAAAAAAAUAACGCUAUUUCAGAACACAAGUGUUAGAGACACGUGCAGUUACAAUUCAUGACUCGAUUGUGAUGCUUCUGGGGCUUAAGGAUACCUUCUUAUUCCCCUCUUCACUUUGGAACAAAUUGAGAAAUAAGACAUGGGAGUCAGAGAGAUAUCAAAAUGUCAGCUUUAUUAUCAGUGAAGCUGAAGUAGAGGGCAAGGUUGGCUUGUUCUCCUAUCAGGCUCCCUAAAAUAUCUCUGCCUGGACACAACUGCAGAUCUCUGCCUUGCCAGGGAUAGAGCCCACCUUUGCGUUUGGAGACCAUUCAGCUUUCAAGGUGAGAGAACACACUAGGGGCUGGGCCACACAUGCUGGGUUCCUGCUCCCCAGAUCGCUCAUCAGAUGAGACACCUGUCUGUCGAGAGGAAUGAAUGAGGAUUCAUGGAGCUUGUUUGCACACUUCUGCCUUCCAAGGAGCAAGAAAAAGUUCCAUCCCUCCAUGCAAACAUGAGGAAGAGGGAAGGAUAUUUCCUUCAGUAAGACUGGUAUCAGAGGCAACAUUCCAUUAAUGCUACUUCGAUCUAGCCAAUUUUAGAAACAAAAUAAUUAUGAUACUCCUGGCAAAAUCAUGACUUUUCGUGAAAAUAUGAAUAUCCAUUGUAAGUGAGCGAUUGCAGGUUUUGGCUAACGAAACUUAAAAACUGGGAGUAACGUUAAAUAUCUGGUGAUCCAACUACUCACUGUUUGGGAGCCCUUGGACAACAUUCCCAGCAGGUGUUAAUCCAACCUCUGCCUUUAUUUUUCCAGACACAGAGAGCUGACUGCCUUAAAAUGGGUCAUUCCAUUGCUGGGUAGCUCUAUGUGAUUUUUAAAGUUAUUUUUCUAAAAUCUGCUUCCCUGUAAUUUAAUCAAAUACAGCUAAGGACAUACCACGUGGCACACCUCUAAAGAUCUUCAACCAAAAUGUGACAUCAAAAAUCACAGAACUUUUUUUAAAGUUCACAAACUCAGGUACUUCCCGAGUGAUUUUGAUUCAGCUGGUCUAGGAUAAUUUCUGGAUAUUUGUAUUUAUUUUGAAGUGUUAAGAAUGAGUCUGAUAAGCACCUGUGGAUAAGAACUAGCGCUACAGGCUAAAUGUAGAGCAUUGUUAUCUUCUGGGGUACAAUUUUACAGCUCACUUUUCAGUACCAUUGAGCAAGAGAUCACCCUCCUUCCUCUUAUUAAAAACCACGCACCCAAAAACACAGCAAAAACCAACCUAUAUUUGUGUUAAGAUAAUCAGUAAUACAACUUGUAUCAGCCUCUGACCUAAUAUGACCUAAUUCAUUUGUUCUCAAGUUUAGCUUGGAGAGUUUAAAAAGGAAAAUAUAGUGUGGUACUCUCAGAUUCCGAUGUAAUUGGUCAGUGUGGCCUGAGCAUUACUAUGCUUCAUUCUACGAUGCAGCAGAGCCUGCAAAUCACUAGUUAGCUUCUAGGCCUCCAUUCUUCAGAAAAUGAGUCAUUAUUUUUAUGA